CUGCCUGGCCAGCAAGGAGCCACGGACCAUGCUGCUGGAUGAGCUCUGGGAGAGCCGCGAGUACGGGCUGGUUGUGACAGCCCAGCCAGGAGAGUACAGGUGCUGUACUGGGGAGGUGCUGAAGGUGACUGGCUUCCACAAGCAGUGUCCCUUGGUGGAACCUGUGCGCAGGAGGGUGCCAGUGACCCACCCUGUGUCCCUGCACCGCAGGGAGAGCCAGACACUGAGCGUGCGAGGUGAGAGCAUCCCUGAGGAGCAGUUCUGCCAGAGCCUGUGCCGCACCCUGACCUUGUGGCCGGGUGCUCGCCUGAUUGACUACGUCUGUGUGGAGAGCAGCCUGCUGGGUGAGUUACCCUGAGCUGUCCAAGUCCCCCUAAAAGUGUAGCUGGCACUACAUGGGGGUCUGCAGGGUUCCUGUGCUGCAGCUCAAUCCUGGCACCAGCAAAAUUUCCCCCUUGGAGAGGGGUGAAGCUUCUGUGGGCAAGGAU